AUGGAUAUUGAUAUUGAUGAUAUUCUGGCAGAUCUUGACAGAGAUACUACUGCUGUUGACCACACCUUCACCUCACAGGGGAAUGACAUCACGGUGCUGGGAAACGAUGAACCGAAUCCCGAGAAGGCAGAAGUGCCGCGUCUUUCGCCAGUUAAAGACUUUGAUGACUUGACCACUCACUGGCGCAAUGAGAGAAUGUGUCCCGAACUUCUGCCAUAUCCUCAUUUGUUGAUGGCGAGGAUGCUGCGUCGCGUACAAGAACAGAUGGAGCACAUUGAGUGUCUAUCUAUGGGAUUUUUGGACGACGAAUCGAACAAUAGUGCCCAGAAUAUUGCGAACAAGCUGCCGCUUCUUUGCAUGGAGGCUGAUUUGGAAAGACUGAAGUUCGUGCUGAGAAGUUACAUACGGUGUCGGUUGUUUAAAAUUGACAAACAAAGUCUGUAUCUCAUCCAAAUAUCGCAGACUGGCGAUUUGACAGUGCCCUUAGAGGAGCUUCUGUCGAAACAGGAAAUUGAAUACCACCAACGACAUUCUGCUAUUCUACUGAAGCUCCUGAAUAGUGCCAUAUUGAGACAUAUGCCUCCCGAGUUACAAGCUAUCGAUGAUAAUGACGGUAGUGUUAAAAUGGUAGAAGAGCCAGAACUGGAUAGCUUUGUGUUUAUCUACGUGAAGGGUCCAGACUAUCCGCAUAAGCAAGAUCCUAUGCUCGAGGUGAAUGAGGAGGGCCAAAGAUACUAUCCGGUAACUAUCCAAGAGCUCAAGGAAGAAGUUGAACUUACAAUAGGCGGCAUCUAUGUGAUGAGAUAUAGUGUCAUUAGGGAUCUGUUGAAGGACAGAAAGGUCAUUCUCAUAUAA